AAGAGGAGUCAGACCCAAUGUGAUACAGAACAAGACCAGUUGCACUGUGCCUGUAUUUACCUGCUGGAGAGAUCACAACAUUGAGAUGCUUCCCUACAGUGAACUGGGGGUGUUGGUGGUCCCUCUUCUCCUCUGUGGCUUUACUUUCUCCUCAGCCUCUGAAGCAGGUCUGAGUGGAAAAUCUCUGAUUUUCCCGUACGAGACGGACUACAGCUAUGUCAGGCUGACCCCGCAGAAACCCCUGGAGUUGAACGCCUUCACGCUGUGCAUGCGGCUGUCCACGGAGCUGCAGGGGGAGCGAGAGAUCAUCCUCUUCGCGUACCGCACCGCGGACUUCGACGAGCUGAACGUGUGGCGCGAGAAGGACGGGCGCGUGUCCUUCUACCUGAGCGGGGGCGGAGCGUCCUUUCACCUCCCGCCGCUCAGCACCUUCAAGACGAGCUUGUGCCUCACGUGGGAAUCGAAGACGGGCCUCUCUGCCUUCUGGGUGGACGGGAAGAGGAGCGCGCGACAGGUGUACAAAGCCGGGCACACGAUUCGCGGCAAAGGCGUCGUCCUUCUCGGCCAGGACCCCGACAGGUACCUGGGGGAUUACGAAGCCAUUCAGAGUUUUGUUGGCGAGAUUUCUGAUGUUUACAUGUGGGACUUUGUCCUCUCAGAAAGCCAGAUUACGGCGUUGCAUUCUGGUCAACGCGUCACCAAAGGCAACAUUUUUGACUGGAACACCAUUGUGUACCACAUCAAUGGGAAUGUUUUAGUUGCUUCCGAUUGAAAUAACCAAGUUAUGCUCUAGAUGAUGGCAGUACAUGAACCUGUAAAGAUUUGCCCAUGAACGUUUUGUGCCUGUAAAGAAUAAUCAGCAAUGAAUUUGUUUUAGGUGGUAUUACCCAUUUGGAAAAACCAGGUUACUAAAUGGGUGUGCUUCUGCUUUAUUCAGGUCUUAUAUUCCUUUUAAAAUGAGCAAGAUAAUAAUAAUACAAAUAAUAGCAUGAAUCACUUACUUAAUCACAAUGCUUAUGUUAUUACGUGCAAAAACAAACUAUAUCAACCAAAAUGAACACAAAAAUGUUUAAAUUAAAUCGAUAGUAUUAAACUUGUUCAAAUGGAAUCAGAAGAGGAGUAGACCUUCAUAUCUGUUUGAAAGACGAAGGACCAAGCAAUCUGAAGGUAUUGAACGAGAAAGUUUGAAUGCACAGUUAUGUUUCAGGCUAGUUUUUUCCACAACUGCAGCGAACAGAAUGUAGAAUGUAGAAAUGAAGAAAUGGAAGACUUGUCCAAAAAGGUCAGUGUGCAGGCGCAUGAUAUUUUAGAUGAGUGUUUGGAAUGAAAUUGUAGGUUGCGGAGAAGUAACAAAGAGUAAAAGCAAGCAGGGGCAAGUUAACCUUGUGAAUUUUGAACAGAGAAGUCAAGAUGAGCAGCAUAUGAAGGAACACCAUUAAAGAAAAUUACAUCUGAAUAAUCAGUCAAAAUAACCAAGGUAACAAAUAACUACUUCGUGGACAAGGAGUGAAAUCCUACAAACAUGAAACUACACGAAUACAUAUAGGAAGGGAUAUUUUGAAAGCAGGACAGAAAGGAGUAUUGCGUUGUCUCUGUGGUCCUGCGGUAAGGAGAAGACCUCCACUUUGGAUUAGGACCCGUGACUGGAAAAUUAAGCGUUCAGAUUAAGGUUAAUACAUUUGUACUACCCUUUAAGGCAUAUUAU